GUGCGCCGCGCCCCAUGGGGUGCUGACCCCGCGCCCGGCUCGGCGCCAUGUGGCCCAACGGCAGCGCCGCGGGGCCGUGUUUCCGGCCGAGCAACCUGACGGCGGAGGAGCGGCGCCUCAUCGCGUCGCCCUGGUUCGCGGCCUCCUUCUGCCUGGCGGGCCUGGCGUCCAACCUGCUGGCGCUGGGCGUGCUGGCGGGCGCCAGGCAGGGCGGCUCGCACGCGCGCUCCUCCUUCCUCACGCUCCUCUGCGGCCUGGUCCUCACCGACUUCAUGGGGCUGCUGGUGACCGGCGCCAUCGUGGUGGCCCAGCACGCCGCGCUGCUCGACUGGCGCGCCGCCGACCCCGGCUGCCGCCUGUGCCAGUUCAUGGGCGUCGUCAUGGUCUUCUUCGGCCUCUGCCCGCUGCUGCUGGGCGCCGCCAUGGCCUCGGAGCGCCACCUGGGCAUCACGCGGCCCUUCUCGCGGCCCGCGGCCUCCUCGCGCCGCCGGGCCUGGGCCACCGUGGCGCUGGUGUGGGCCGCGGCGCUGGCGCUGGGCCUGCUGCCGCUGCUGGGCGUGGGCCGCUACACCGUGCAGUACCCCGGCUCCUGGUGCUUCCUGACGCUCGGCGCCCAGCCCGGGGACGUGGCCUUCGGCCUCCUCUUCACGCUCCUCGGCAGCCUCUCGGUGGGGCUGUCCUUCCUGCUCAACACCAUCAGCGUGGCCACCCUGUGCCACGUGUACCACGGGCAGGAGGCGGCCCAGCAGCGCCCGCGGGACUGCGAGGUGGAGAUGAUGGCCCAGCUCACGGGCAUCAUGGUGGUGGCCAGCAUCUGCUGGAUGCCGCUGCUGAGAAACUGCGUGCGCACAAGCAGGGGGAGCGGCAGGCAGAGGCAGAGGAAGAAGCAGGAGCCCCAUGCGGGCUCGAUCCCAGGACCCUGGGAUCGCGACCUGAGCCAAAGGCAGAUGCUCAACCAAUGGGCCACCGGGGCGCCCCCUAAAAAUAAAAUCUUAAAAAAAGAAAGCACUGCAAAUGUAAAGAUCCUAAUUUUUUUUUUUUUGCUUUGUGUUUUGUUUUGCUAAGAAUUUUUCACAUACGUAAGUAGUCGGGGAAAAAGUACAAAGGAGCAUCAUAUUUUGAUGUUUUGUGACAUGUGACAAUGACAUGGAAUUCAAAUUUCCGCAUCCAGAAAUACCGCUAGAGCGCAGCCACGCCCCUGUGCCUCCCUGUAGCUCCGAGGCUGCGGUGGCCCAGCUGCGACAGGGACUGCGUUUAGAAUAUUUAUUCCACGGCCCUGUAAGAAGGAAGGUUGCCACCAAAGGGGCCCCGGGAACCGUUUCACGACUCAGUGAGAUUCGAUCUAGGACACCUACCUGGUUUUGAUCCAGCUGUGAACCUCGCACCCAUGCUCCAGAGCCCCAGAGCCCGUGGUCCCGAGCAGAGCGGGGCCCGUUCUGGGGAUCCCGGGAGACUGUGGCAGA